GGGGCGCACGGGGAGUAGGAGGUUUGAAAUGCCUUGUAGCUGGUUCGUGCGUAUUUGCCAGCAUAACAGGCCAGAGGCGGAGAGAGCGGGAGUCUUGGCACAAGAGUAGGAAAAGAGAGGGAGGGAGUUAAGCAUGUGUCUCAUGGGGAGAAACACACAGCCAAUAUUCUGGUCUCCAGUAAACAUCUAUAAGCCUCCUUUAUAAAGUCAGCUGUGCUACUGCAUGGAACAAGGGAGCAAAAGCAAAAAUAUCCACUUUGAUUAUCAGUCUAGCUGCGAACAUUCAGUAGAUCUCCAGCCUGAACAGCAGCUCCCCAACAGGAGCCUGUCAAGUUUUCAAAGAGUCUUUGAUUAGAUGCUGAAAAGAGCAGAGAAAACUGAGUAGAGAUCAUCCAACUGAGCAGAAAAUGACAGCUGCAGCAGCUCAGGAACUCGACGAGCUAUGUUUCCUGUCGGCGCAAUCCAUGCCCAAUCUGAAAGCUUCGGAACACUUUCGGAUGGUGAAGCUCCUGGGAGAAGGAUCCUAUGGGAAAGUCAUGCUGGCUGUGCACAGAAAGAGAGGAACUCCUAUGGCUCUGAAGUUCUUCCCUCGUCAGUCUACCUCGCUCACCUCUUUCCUGCGUGAAUACAAUCUGUCCCUAUCUUACUGCACUCAUCCGUCUCUGACACGAGCCCUGGGCAUCUUCUUCUCCACGCCAUCCUACUAUGUGUUUGCCCAGCAAGCCGGUCUAUACGGUGACCUCUACAGUGUUAUAGUGUCCGAGGCCGGGGUGAAUGAGGACUGCGUGCAGAGGGUGAUGUCCCAGCUGAGCGGUGCAGUUACACACCUCCACUCUCUGGGCUUUGUCCACCGUGACAUCAAACCUGAGAACAUCUUCCUCUGUGACAGCUCCUGUCGCUGGGUCAAACUCGGGGACUUUGGCCUCGCCCGAGCCAUCGGCACCACCGUUCGAGCUGUCUGGUACGAGUCGCCCUUCUGCACGCCUGAGGUGGAACCUGCCAAGGAGGCCGAGAAGGAGAUGGAGAGAAGGUGGACUGAAGGAACCGAAGAAGAGGUAGAAGACAUCUGGAUAUCAGUAGAGCCCUGCAUUGACAGCUGGGCUCUUGGUGUGCUCGUCUACUGCCUGCUAACUGGCUGCUUCCCCUGGGAGGAGAGCACUCACGAUGAUCGUGGCUACCGAAAAUAUAAGGAGUGGUUUGACCGUGAGGCCAAACGUGACGAGAAAAUGCGAGAUGGAGAGUGGAGGGGUGAGGAGGACGCUGAUGAUUACAUUAUUAUGGAGAGAAAACAAAGAGACAAUCCUCCUCCUUCACAGUUUGAGGGCCUCAGCCCAUUAGUGAUGACUCUGUUGAAGGAGCUACUCCACCCUGAGCCCAAACACAGAGGGACUCCAGAGGAGAUCCUGAGCUAUCUGGGAGGGCCGUGGCUGAUGGAGACGGAGAGAGAGGAGAAGAGGAAAGCAGAGGAGGCGGAGAAGGAAGCCAGAAAAAUGAGGGAGAGAGGGGGGGUAGAAGAAGAGCUGCUCAGGGAAGGAAGGGGGGAGAGAUAAACUUUGUCUUUAUGAAACUGUUUCAGCAUUUUCAUAUUUUUUAUAAGUACCCUUAAUACUCAAAGUGCAACUUCAUUGUACAUAUUUCUGUUUGUGAACAUUUGUAAAUAUGUGUGUUUGCGUGAAAAUAAUACAAGAAAAGUGUGAUGUCUGAACAAAAAGCUGUAUUAUAAUGCUAUUAAAGACUUGUGUUGAAUGUU